CCGACUUACAAAAUCGUUAUUUCUGCACGUUUGACUUGUUCUGUGAGAAGGUGCUCUGUAGAUGCGGUGUUUUGCAUGCUCUAAUUUGCAUCUUUUAUUACGAGGAGUAAAAAAAAUGGACGCGUCGGAAUUCUUCUUUUUUCUCCACGAUGCAUCGACCUGCCGUUCUGCUUUCAACAGAAGGCAGUCCGUCUGUCUAAGGGCCCUGUCGCCUGGAUGGGAAAGGCUCCAUGUUCACUGCGUUUGUGCUGGUGCUGGGCUGCCUGCUGCAGAGGAACCUAGUGACCACAGAGGGGCACCGUGGGACCAACUGCCUCAUCUUCUAUGCAGUGCAAAUGGACGGAGGCACCAGAGCUGCCAAAGCUCUGGCUGAGCAGCAUGGACUGGAGUUCGUACAACGGGUUGGCAGCCUGAACGGUCUGUACACACUGAGGGACACCAGGGGGCGCCCUGACAGAGCCACCUUUGAAGACAGACUUGCAGCAGCAGCAAGGGUUCACUGGGUGCAGAGACAGCAUUGCCAUUACAGAGACAAACGAGUUCCUGUGACAAGACUGGACCAUGGCACUACCAAUGGUCCCCACAGGAAAGAGUCUGAAACUGACAAGCAGCCCGAAGACAAUAAGAGUGACCAGUCCCUCACCUUCAAUGACCCUCUCUGGCCCAUGCAAUGGGAACUGUUUGCACAGGGUGAGUACACUGAUGCGACUGACCUGAAUUUGAUGCCGGUUUGGAGGAACAACGUUACUGGACAUGGAGUCGUGGUCAGCAUCAUUGAUGAUGGUUUAGAUCACACAAACAAGGACCUAAAAAAAAACUUUGAGGCCCGUGCCAGUUUUGACCUGCGUGCAUCACACGGUCUGUCUCACGAUCCCAUGCCUGUCAGAAAUGAGGAGAAUAGUCACGGUACCCAUUGUGCAGGGGAAGUUGCCAUGGAGGCCAACAACUCCUACUGUGGUGUGGGCAUCGCCUUCAAUGCCAGGAUUGGAGGUAUCCGCCUGUUGGAUGGCUCUGUGACGGAUGCCAUGGAGGCCACAGCUCUGACCUUCAACAUCCACUUCAUCGACAUCUACGUCUGCAGUUGGGGCCCGAGGGACGACGGGGCCGAGAUGGACGGGCCGCAGAGCCUGACAGAGCAAGCCCUCCGGCUAGGAGCUCACAAGGGCCGAGGUGGGAAGGGCAGCAUCUACGUGUGGGCGGCAGGUAAUGGUGGAAUGCAGCAUGACCACUGCGGUGCAGAUGGAUUUGUUAACUCCAUCUACAACAUUGCCAUCGGCGCCGUCACUCAAACUGGGAAGCCCGCCUUCUUUGGAGAGCCCUGCCCUGGAGUGAUGGCCGUCACUCUGACAGGGACCAGCGUGGGAAGCUCAUUACCUUUGGUGACUGUGACCAACAUUGGUGAUGGAUGUGUCACACACUUUCCAGGAACAUCCAGUGCUGCUCCGAUUGCUGCAGCGAUUCUGGCUCUUGCCUUAGAAGUAAAUCCUGAGCUGACGUGGAGGGAUGUUCAGCAUCUGAUCGCCAAGACAGCAAAGAUCCCCGACCCUAAAGAGCCUGGCUGGAACAUCAAUGCAGCAGGAUACCAUGUUCACCAUAGGUACGGCUUUGGACUGUUGGAUGCAGGGCUGAUGGUGCAGCAGGCCGCACACUUCCACAGCGUUCCUAUACAGAAGAAAUGCACACAGGAAGUCACGCUUGAUCCUGCCAGAAUCUUUUAUCCAGGGCAAGGAGUCAAUGUGAACAUCCAAUCAGAAGCCUGUCGAGGAAGGGCUAAUGAGAUCAACACUCUUGAGCAUGUCCAGGUGAGAGUGAGUAUCAACGCAGCGUGCCGUGGUGACCUCUCCAUAAGCCUGGUGUCUCCUGGUGGCACAGUGUCGGUGCUGUUGGAUACGAGGCCUUACGAUGCCUCCACCGCUGGACUGAAGAACUGGACUCUGAUGACUGUGCACUGCUGGGGCGAGCAGCCACGAGGCCGCUGGAGCCUCCAGGUGACUGACCACAAGGGCACAGUGACGAGCUGCGCGAGGCCAAGUGAAGAGGAGGCAGCCGGAGCUCUACGCAGCGUUACACUCAUCCUCUAUGGCACCUACCACCCACACAGGACCACGCACGAGGGACCCCUGCAGAGCAUUGUGUCCAUGGGGUUGAAUCACCCUAUCCCUCAUGGGUGGUUGUUCCAGAGGGACCAGUCCCCUCCUAUGGACCUGCUGCAGUGGAUCUACCAAAUGGAGAGGGAGAAGAAGGUGCGAGCUGCUGAUAUCGCCAUGUCACUAAGAGGAAAGAUGGGAAAAACUGGAGGAGACAGACCAGUUAAGUCAAGCCUGACAUCUAGUCUGGCUUUCAAGAUACUUGACACACAUGUUGCCCAGAAAACAAGACCUACUGUUGAGAGGGAGCCUCCUGAAACCGAGACCUUCGGGGACGACGCGGAUGAGGAGCGCAGGUCCUUGCCCUCACAGAAGAUCCAGGAUGUCGGCACAAUCAACGUUUUAGAUCCAACAGAUGACGGAUCUGUGAGCAGAAAGGCAUGAGAGGGGGCGGGGCAGAGGGAAGGGAAUUAAAAACACAACCAUGAACCAUAGUUUCGUAAAGACUGUAAUUUUCCACAGUGCAGAAAAGCCAGUUAAUCAUGAAUCAAGUCAGCGUACUGUAUUUUGACUUUGUGGCCUCGGUGUCAGCAAAAAUUACUUAUUGUAGGUCGGCUUUGAAACCCACUUUCUCGCCUACACAAACCCCAAAACCCUGUUUCUGAAAAACAAAUAGCUUCAGCAGCGCUCGUCUCCGCCCCCCAACCCCCGAUCCCACUCCUGGUUUGCCUUCGGAAGUAGCAAAGGUUAGUGAAAGAUAUGUUUGUCUUUUUCCACUUCAAUGAAGGGUGAAUUCAGCUCCGUGCAAUAAGAAAUGGAUUACCCCGUUCAUUAAAGGGGGCUGCGUCACUCCUCAUUGAGUUGGACAAAUAACAAAUUAAUUCCUAGCCGCCUAAUUUCUCUCUGUUCUCCACUGAAUUCCCAAUAACGUCGAAUUACUGAUCACAGCCAUGUGAGCUCUCUCAACUUUCUAUCAAUUCAUUAAAUUUUUUGCCACAGUGGAGAUACUGCUGAGGAGGAUCUCUCCCUUUUUUCUUUUUUCUUUUUUUCCCAUGCAUGCUUCCUUUAACACCACAAGCUGUAUACAAACAGAAAGCAAGUGAAGUGUUAAUAUUAGGAGAUUAAAAAGACCAGGAAGCGUUACAGAGAAAGUUACUUUCACCCCGGGCGGUAAACUUUUUUUUUUCUUUGCCAGUCUAGUGCAGGUCUGUUGGUGGAGGUGUUUUGUAAAGUAGCAGUAGUGUAUUGACAGGGCAGUAUUGAUGUUUCAAUUAGAGCAGCGUUACAUAGUGCUCCAGCAUGGUAACACGGUGCGUCUUCUGCCAUCUGCUCUGCCUCCACGUCUGACGAACGAGGCACGUGGGGCUAAUCGAGCCGCACAUGAGCGAUGGGGCUGCGAGAUCUUCCGCGCACACACUCGCGCGCACGCACACACACUUAUCCCGUACGCACGUCCUUAUGCAGAAAAAUAAGGGGGGAAGGACGAUGGAGAGCUCCUCAGCCCUGCUGUUUAAACAGCCUUCAGAAAGCCUGUGAUUCCUCGCUUCACAUGUGCCACAGGAGAAGCCAGCAGGUUAUUUCCCCGACAAGAAAACGGGCAAAAGCGCCAGAUGCACAAGUUAAAAAUCUUCCCAAAAAAAAGAAGCUCAUCUGAUAGAAAGAACAAAAAAUAAAUAAAUAAAAGAGAGAGAGAGAUCAGCUUCUGCCAGGUUUUCUCGUGCUGGGACAGCCUGAAAUAACAGUGUGUAUUAUGCCUGGCAUUAUUGCCUGCCAAACCACACGAAUCAAAGACCUCAUUGUGUGGAUUACCUCGUUAAUCUGUUGAUGCCAUUGACUAGUAUUGCAGGUGCUAAUGUGCCAGGUUUUUUUUCCUCCUCUUUCCUCCUCUCUUCUCUUAUUGGGGAGGUGUAGCGUUAGGUUUGUAAUCUGCUUUAAAUGCUUUCUGGGGAAUGAGACGCACUGAAAGCCAGCCAAGAGAGCUCUGCUAUCAUGGAGCGCUUUCUCUUAAUACAGCACACAGAGGGGGACAGACUGACUGAGGCUGCGGCGCCUGUGCCAACGGGGACGAGCUAGCGAGCUACACGCCCCACGCCACUUGUUGAAAUAUAUGACUGCAUGAAUAAUGAAAGAGGAAGAGGGAAGUGGUAUUGCUAGAGCAGUCCCACAAUGACAUCCAUCACAGGAAUGCCUCAUUGCUCCUCUUCUUCUGUUUCCUCCUGCAAAAAAAACUCCAACUUGUGUCUCUUUGGAGAAGCUAACUGGAGCUGAGCUCAGUUGCCUGCCCGAGCUGAUAGACUUUAGAGGUGAAACCAGAAAGAGAGGAAGAUAAAGAGGCAGAGAGAGAGAGAGAAAGACAGAGGGAAAGGGGACAGAAAGAGAGGUAAUCCUUGCUUUUUUUUCCAGCUCCCCGGGGUGGUCUCUUCAUCCAAGGCCUCAAAGAGGGACAGAAUACACGUCCCUGCUACAAUGAAGGGGACCCACAGGGGAUGUUGCUAUCAGUGUGUGUGUGUGGUGGGGGUGCAGCUUUAAGCAGGCCUUUGAGUGGCCUAAUUGCAUUGGAAUACAGCAGUCUGAGAGCUGGCUCAGAUCACGGCGGGCUGCUGGAGGGGUGAGCGCCCGCACCUCGACAGCCACACUCAGCAAAAGAGCCCCGGCACAAAGCACACAAUUAAUGCUGUCCCUCUCGUUAACUCUCUCCCCACUUUUUGUCCUCUCCUACUUUUCUCUCAUUCUCCUCCUCCUCACCCCCAUAUCUUCGUCUCUCUCUCGCUCUCCUCUCCCUCUCUCGUUCCUCCCUCCCGCCUCAGUAUGUCGUCACUCACCCACUGUAUUAAUCCUCCCAUACAGCCUGUCAGUCUCCCUCGUCUUUGAUGCACACAACAAUUACAGUAAGGAUGAAAGGCGUGGGUCGGCUCUCGUUAUGCAAGAUUCGAAACGGGCCUUGGCGAGAAUUAUUGACAUCCGAACAGCUAAUCUGAAAUAAAACUCUGUUAUUACUUCGAAGGAAGUGAUCUGUGCUCGCUGCAUAUAUUUCUGGCUGUAUAUACUCAGGAUUAGGGGAUCUUAUUUUAUUGCAUAAAUUAAAAAUAAGGCAUGUACUUUAUUUGUAUUUAAAUGAGCCCACACUGAUUGUAUUCUUCUGAUCUGAAGAUUUUGUAUCAGUUCUGCUAUCAGCUAAAGUCAAGGCAGCUGAUAAAUGCAAAGUAAACAGAUUUCCAUUUCAUCACGAUUGUUCCCCAAAGAUGACACCGCGGUAGAGCAAUAAUGCUCCAGCGGGGACUGUUUGUAUCUUUGCUGCAUUAAACACAAAGCUGUUACAAUCUAAAUGUGCUUCAUUGGGUUUUAUCUUUUACAAAGAAAGCCUGGAUAUCAUACAGGAAUCUAGAGGUGUAUUAUAUUAGAGAUAACCGUGAUAUUUAAAAAAAUGAUAUAUAAAUAUUGUGCUAGUAAUUCAUAGGCGGUAAUGCUGCAAAUAAUUGUUUUUUUAUUGUGUGUGCUUUAGUACAGUUAUGUAAACAUUUGUCCACUGGUAUUUUGAGUUUGUUUCAUUUAAACUAUGAAAAGUCAUAGAUUAUUUUCAAUGAUAACAUCAUUUACAUUACUUUAAAAAUGUAUUUUCUACAGAUGUUACAGUAUUGUUUCUAUAUUUUAUUAUAAAUCAUCAAACUAAAUUCUAGUAUUUUCUGAUAUUGAUUAGACUUUUAAAUACAAGGUAAAAAAAAAAAAAAAACUAAUCAGAUUUUCAAAUAUGAAUAUCUAGUGACUGUUUACGGCUUCUAAGGUAACCAUAUGAAUCUUUUUGGAUUUUGGACUGUCGGCUGGACAAAAAUAAAUGUUUAUGACGGGAAUUAAAUUAAUUUAAUUCAACAAGUUGUUCCACACAUAAGGUUCAGCAGCUUCACUGAAGGUCAUUCCAUUUUAGACUGAAAAUUCACUGGAAAAAAACUAAACAAAUCAAGUUAACCUACUGGACACAAGAUAACGCAUCUGCAUCACCAAGAAGCCUGUUUUCAGUGAAUGGAGGCUUUCAAAUCUCCACAUCACACUAAAACUGCAUACUGAGUUGUGAUUGGCUUUCAAAAUUAUGAUGUCAUGAAUUGUUUUUUUGUACUGUGCAUGCAUAUGCAA